GAACCUGAGGUUGCUGGUCUGACCGUAACAUUGUCGCAUAUAUCAACGACGGCGCGGGCGUUAUAGUGGGGACGCACGUGUCGUCCCUUUUGUCAUUGUGAUAUAACGUUGGAGUCAAUUCGAACCUUCGCUUGUGUACUUCACCAGCAUAACGCGCGUGCGUAACCGCGGCGUGCCCUCGACACCACGAGUGAGAGUAACAUGGCGACUCUUCUGCAUCGUUAGUCGAUUUGCGACCAUCGGCGCGCGUAGAUCAAUGAUAAGGGAGCGACAGCGAUAGUGACAUUCUUAUUAUUCCAUAUUUAUAUAAAAAAAUGCCACCGACCGUUUGCCUUGCGGAGUUUCCGACCGCGGCAAGCACCGUGAACGUGUACGUUUGUCGACGACAAAGAAAUCGUGCGAAUAUUAAGCAGCAAGCAUUGGAACAAACGCUACGAACCGGAACCACUGGUGAAACACCUCCGACAUCUUACAUGAACCCUUCACCAAAAUUAGGAUGUACAAGUGAGGUUUCGGACUGUUCCGCGAUAGACAAAAGUGGACGGCUUCCAAUCAAUGCAGAUGAGCACUAUAGGAAACUCGUCGCGGCAAGAAAAGAUCUCUGGAGUAUCGUUAUCCGUACGAUAACUCUUGUGCGGCGCAAUCGUAUCCUUCAAAGACGCGUAAACGCAUUGCGGGCGGAAACACGAAGAUUUCUUCGUUCAGUAUUAAAUAAUCCGAAAAAUCAGCGUCAACAAGAUAGAUUGCAAAUGCCGCAACUUGAAGGUGAGAUCGUCUCAUCAUCUACGGACAAGGUUAUCUCGACGAUAUCGGUAUCAUUCGACUCCGAUUCGACCGAAAAUUCGUUCGAUUCCAUUCGUAGAGUUACCUCUACCUGCGAUAAACACGAUUAAGAUAAAAAUUGCGCAUUCUUGUGCAAAGAAUAGGGUUAAUAAUCGAUCGUUCUGUGUAUUUAUCUCUGUCCAUCCACAUUUAAAAAACGAUUUAAAAAAUAUCUAAAAAACAUCUAAAAAGCAAAAAAAUUUAUUCUAUAUAUAUAUACACACACACGUAUGUAUUUAUGUACAUAAAUACAUAUAUAAAAUACAAUUUUUAUAUGUACAGAAUAAACUCUUCUUAACAAACGAAUAAGUCGGGUCAAUAGUCUAUCUUAAAUAUUGUAAAUUUUUAAACAAUCCAGGUUAGAAGUCAGUAUUUCUUAGUCUGGAAGCAGCGAUGAUUUAUUUCAUUAACAUUUGUGGACUAAUAUAAGUGGAAAUCUUUGCAACAAUAUAUCUAUUUCAAUUUGUUAAAACGGCAUAUUAUCGUAGUGUAUCAGAGAGUUAAAAUACAUUAAUUUAUCGAAAUAUUUCAUGAGGUUAGUGAUACAGUGUGAUCAUAUUUUGAAAUAUUUGAAAUCGUUAAAAAACCAAAAAAAUAUUUUAUUCUUUACAUGAUGUUCUUUCACUAAUUUAAUGCACAAUAUUUAACUUGGUUCAUAUAAGAUAUUCAAAAUUAUUGAGAAUCUUAUUGAAUAAUUUAAUAUAAUUGUUUCAUAUAAUUGUUUGUGUGUUUAUCUAUUAGAAUACAUAGUAUGAGAGAAAUGUAUUGAUGAGGAUGAAGAUAAUGUGUGUACGUGUGUGUACGUACACGUGCGUGUAUAAAAAUAAUAUAUUUAUAAAAAGAAUUUGAUAGAUCUUUCAUAUAGUUCAAAAAUUAUUAUUUAUUGUACAUAAUCGUGAUGCAUUUUGAAAUAUUUACAUUUAACCGACAGAUCGAAAGCAAUAUUAAUACUGCAUUUGAUCUAUACUUUAGUUUUACAAUUGUGUGAUAAUUAUAGUAUGUAUAUAUAUAUAUAUAUAUAUAUAUAUAUAUAUAUAUAUAUAUAUAUAUAUAUUUCAGGGGGCUAUAUAUAUAUA